UUUUGAUUUCGAUACAUGUGUACAAGUGACCAAUGGCCCGAACGCGAGUCCGCUGUGUUUAUAGCACACAAUAUAAGGCAGUAUCAGUCCGGCUCUCGGAACGAGACGAGCUCACGAGCAGGCGCCAGGCGAUCUACAUUACAAGUCAGGAUGAACCAAGCGCACGCUUCCACGAAAGCGCGAGUUGUCGAGUUCAAGUACAACUGGAGCAUCGAGAACUUCAGCUUCUUUUCGGCAGAGCCAGGCGUCCCGGUGACGUCGCUGCCCUUCGCCAUCCCCGGAACUGAGUCCAAUUGGUGCUUGAAACUCUACCCUGGAGGCAUAAGCCCCGAGUGCGACGGUCACGUCUCGGUGUUCCUCAAAUUGUUGAAACCAAAGACGCCGGAGGUCGUGGCCAAGUUCAAACUGUACCUCGAGAAAAACAACAAUUUCGUCGGCGAUAGUCUGGAAACCGGGGUCCACAAUUUCUCGCAGGAGGAGUACGGCUUUACGAAAGUCAUCAAGCGGGACGUCCUCGUGCAGCGCAAGAGCGGCCUGCUCCUGGACGACAAUCUCGUCAUCAUCUGCGAGAUCAUGCUGAGCUUGGGCUUGAUCGACAACCGCUUCGAUAACCAAGUUUCAAUUAGCCGUCACGCGGACAAGUGUCGAGCCAACUUCGUCAACCACAUUCACGACAUCUAUCUCAAGCAGCUGUUCGCCGACGUUACGCUGCUGGUCGACGGCAAGGGAUUUUUGGCUCACAAGGCAAUCCUCGCGGGGAGAAGCCCGCUCUUCGCCGACUUCUUCACCAACAAUCCGACGAAGACUGAGUUCGAACUCGACGACAUCGACUGCGACGUGAUGGAGGAGGUGCUGCGAUACUUGUACUCAGGGAAAGUCAUCGUGAAUAACUUUGUGAUGGUGAUAAAGAUCUUUGAGGCCGCGAACGUGUACAUGUUUUGCGAUUACAAUUUGGAGAGGGUCUGCGAGGCGCUACUGAUCGCUGAAAUAGAUGCUGCCAACGCCGCGGAUCUACUGAUAUUCGCCGAUAACAACAGUCUCGAGAAUUUGCAGCAGGCUGCGAUCAAGUACAUUAUCGGCAAUUGUGGGGAGGUGAUGAGUACGCCGGGAUACAAGGACAUGGUCAAGUCUCAUCCGGAGUUGAUUUCGAAGCUCUUUUGCGCAGUGGUGCCUCAUCAGAGCACGCGUGUUUCGUGAAUUAGGUGUCUCGGAGUGAACUGUGAUAUUUGAAUUUUUAGUCUUGCGCGGAAGUUUCAUCGUGCGUGAAGAACCGUUAUUUUACCGCAACAACCAGUUUUAUUUUUUACAAUGCGAAUGCUCUUACUUUUUUAAAUAAAUUGAUGCCGCACCGACGAAA